CUUCACAUAAGCUCUCUCAUCAUAUGAUUAUGAAAUAUCGAUUUCACUUUACUCAUAGUAGAUUACUUUAUCACUAAUUUAACCUAAUUUUACAGUGACAUCUUCAUGAUCUCACCACACUCUUCAAAACUUCAACCCUCCUUGGUUUUUUUGUUCAAAACCCAAAACCCCACAAAUUUCUUUUUCUCACUCACUUCUCAUAUUUUCAUUUCUUCAAACACUUGGUACCCAUUUUCUAUUUUCCUCCAAAGUUUCAAUCUUUCUCAUUGGGCUACCUUGAAUUGAUGCACAAAUUCAGAUCCAUGUAUUUCUUGUGGAACUAAUAACUGAAAUAUAAGAUUGUUUGAUUUGUCUUAUUGAUUCCGUUAACGAACUAGAAAAAUAAAAUAAAUGGUUGUUUGAUUUGUCUGGUUAAUUCAGUAAACCAACAUGUAAACUAAAGGUUGUUUUUGUUUCUAUUGAUUAUUAGCAUGAACUAAAGUUGUGAUUUUGAAGGAUAGAAGAAUUGGGUAGGUUUGAUAGUUUGAUUUGAGAUUGAGAAGGUGAAAGAGUGAAGAUUUUUUAUAAUGAUUGUAAGAAAAAGCAUGGGGAGGGUAAAAUCUCUACUUAUGCUGCUUAUGGUGUUAGGAUUUUCCUUUGCAACUUAUAAUUUGGUGUUUAUGAUGAUGGAACAUAAGGCGGGAAAUGAUUUGGGAUCAUUUGAUGGAAAAGCGAUGGAGAUUAGGAAUACUAAUUCGAAAUACCAUGUUGCUGUGACGGCAACUGAUGCUGCUUAUAGUCAAUGGCAAUGUAGGAUUAUGUAUUAUUGGUAUAAGAAGACGAAGGAUAUGCCUGGAUCGGCUAUGGGAAAGUUCACGCGAAUUUUGCAUUCAGGAAGGGGAGAUCAGUUGAUGAAUGAAAUUCCUACUUUUGUUGUUGAUCCUCUUCCUGAGGGUUUGGAUAGGGGUUAUAUUGUGCUAAAUAGACCAUGGGCUUUUGUUCAAUGGCUGGAGAAAGCGGUUAUUGAUGAAGAAUAUAUUCUGAUGGCAGAACCCGACCACAUAUUUGUUAAUCCUUUGCCUAAUUUGGCUACAGAAAAUGAACCAGCAGGGUAUCCAUUCUUCUAUAUAAAACCAGCUGAAAAUGAAAAAAUUAUGAGAAAAUUCUAUCCUAAGGAAAACGGUCCUGUUACUGAUGUUGAUCCCAUUGGCAAUUCCCCUGUAAUCAUCCACAAGUAUAUGUUGGAGGAAAUAGCUCCCACGUGGGUGAACAUUUCAUUGAGAAUGAAAGAUGAUCCUGAGACAGAUAAAGCUUUCGGAUGGGUGCUUGAAAUGUAUGCUUAUGCUGUAGCGUCUGCAUUGCAUGGUAUAAAGCAUAUUCUUCGAAAAGACUUUAUGCUGCAGCCGCCUUGGGACUUAGACGUGGGGAAGAAGUUUAUCAUACAUUUUACAUAUGGAUGUGACUAUAAUUUGAAGGGGAAACUGACAUAUGGAAAGAUUGGAGAAUGGCGUUUUGACAAGAGAUCAUAUCUUAUGGGUCCUCCGCCCAAAAACCUUUCAUUACCACCUCCUGGAGUUCCGGAAAGUGUACGAAUGUUUGUGUAGUUAGUAUUAUGAUGGGAGUGGAAAUCAAACCAUCGGCCUUAUUAUCACUCCACUCCUUAAUUCCCCCACCCAGUGACGGAGCUUGAAAGAUUUACGUGAGGUGGCCAACUUGCUAAUGUGUAUCAGUGUGUGUGUGUGUGUUAUUUUGCAUCAAAAUGGAUACAAGUGACACUUAUGGUUAGGUGUAUUAGCUCUAUUGACCAUUGUUCUAUGUAACAGGGUUCGAAUCACGAUUUUUGCAUUAUGGGUUAAGUGAAACUACCGGUUUCGAACUUAGGACAUUAAUACUUGUUGCAAGUUACCUUGCCGCUAGAACGCUUGGCUUAUGUGUAUAUUAACUAUUAAG